CCGGACUAUGAUGUCUGGAUACUCUUCACCGUGAUCGGCACUGUUGUGGCCAUUGCUUUGAUCUUCAUCAUGCGCUCUCGGUGUCAGCCAAGCAGAGUUCAGCCCAAGGUACUUCAAGAAGAGACCCUGCGAGCAAUCAACCAACUGGCCACCCGGAGGUACCAGGCCCGCUGUCGGCAAGCCCCAACAGGGGACUCCGCCAGUACCUGCAGCUCCGCUCCGGUCUGCGCCAUCUGCCUGGAGGAGUUCAGCGAGGGCCAGGAGCUGCGGAUCAUCACGUGCUUCCAUGAGUUCCACCGGUGGUGCGUUGACCCCUGGCUCCAGCAGCACCAAACGUGUCCCCUGUGCAUGUUCAACAUCAUUGAUCAAGACCCCUCUGCUUUACCCCUGCGUUCCCGGGAAGAUGUACAUCAGCCAGGGCCUGGCCGGAGGCCCCAUUUCUUCCCGCAACACCCAGGGCAUGCCUUGUACCACUUCCCACAGGCCCUCCCCCCAAUACCCCCCAGGAACUGCCAUGGCCACCCUUUCUUCCACUCUCCGCAGCUCUCCCAGCCAGGUUUCGGGACAAUGCAUUACUUGCGCUAUGGGCCGGCAGGCUCUGAGCCUUGGUGUGCUCACCAGCCACCUCUUGCCCGAGGACUGUUGGCUUCCCAGCCCCAGGAGUCUCUGCCGUGUGAGCAGGUCCCUCCCCCUCACAGGCCCUGCCUGCUUCAACGUCAGCCCCCCUGCCGAGGAGGGCUGAGGGUUCCCCUGUCCGACAGGCUCAAUCGCGCUGCUCCUCCCCAGAGAGGAAUCCGCCACGGGAGACAUCACCACAGCAGUGGCUCAGGGGAGAGUUACCUCACGGAGCCCAGUGGGUACCUUCCCGACGGCCCCGGUAGCGACACCAGUUCGGGUCCUUGCCACGGCUCCUCCAGCGACUCCAUGUUGAAUUGCACUGACGUCAGCCUUCAGGCCAUCCAUGGAAGCUGCUCCACUUUCCACAGCUCCUUGAGCAGUGAUUACGACCCUUUUGCUUUCUGCUGUUCGGAGAAUCCGGCCGCGGAAAACAGGCAAGAGCCGUCUUCGUCUGGGAGGGACCCGCGGCCCAGGGUCCAGUCGAUGGACACGACGGGGGAGGGCAGGGCACAGCUGGCCAGUAAUCACAUCCACUACCACCACCACCAUCACAGACACCACCAUUAUGGACGGAGCCCCCCGGACUGUCCGAGUGGCAGGCCGAGCCAAGAACCUGUUCAACGCAAGCCCAGAUACCCCAGGGCCAAGGUCGGGUUACUUAGCGCCCAGGCUCACAGAAGGACUGAGAGGGCACACCUGCCGGAAAGUGCCUCUGGCUCAGCCUCCCCGGAGGCGACUCUGCUUGGACAGCCUUCUUGUUUGCCUCAAGGACACGCGCCCUCUUUGCCCGACAGAUUGGACUUCAGCACGGCAGCCGGCGGGCAAGCAGGAGCCACCGGGCCACAGACCCCUCAGCAGCCCUACUUACAACUUCAUCCUGGCAGGAGGAAAUGGAAGCACCCGCUCAUCUCUUCCCAAUCCCCUUUGCCAGAGAAUUCUGGUGCGCCCCCAGACAGCGGCUCUCCCACGCGUUAUGGCCACAGCUCUGCAAACUGCUGCCCCACAGAGAUUCAGCCUCUCAUGCCCAGCGGUUCCUCGGUGCAUUGUAUUUCAGGUUGUCAGCAGAUUUCAAAGCGCUUAGCUCCACAUUCCGGUAUCAAGCCUUGGGAGCAGGGGAACAGGACGAGGGAGCAGGACUGCGACUCCACGCUUCCGGUGGAAGGUUCGGGGGUGGACACCAUGGGGAACAACGCCAGUUUUUACCUCAGCUGCCAAAUUCCGCAACACCAUCAGGGUAAGCCUCAGCCGCUAGGGUCGAUCGACAAUCCUCUGUAA